GUUCAUGAGUGGCUAGAUGCUAGUGACGACCCGUCGUCGCAUCUGAGCACUUCUGCCAAUCACCAGGACGCAGCUGUGUCUGAAAGCCGUGGCUCGUGCACUAGCUGUCGUUUCUUUUCACCCACUGGCACAGUUAACGGACGGGAGGAGGGAGCGCUCUUAAUGACCCUACGGUUCUGCAUCUGUCUCAAGCGGCGUGCAGACGGGCUCCUACAGUGUCACUGCGGAGACAUGACGUGAGAGAAAUGUUCUCGAAUUUUGACAUCAUCUAUGGAUGCAGAGUAACCUGAUGAUCCAUAGUUGUAAGUGGGUUUUGGAGGCUUUGUUCGUUGUGUUCAGUCUACGGGGCACGCGCUGCGCACUUUGUUCGCGGUGAUUGUCAAACUAUCCGAGCUGGGUCCCCGACUAGAGAAUUUAAAGGAAUUAUCGUUUUACCGGACUGUUCACCUGCAGCUCAUAUCCAGAACGCUGGAGCGUUAAGCUACUGACCAGUGGAUGUAACGUUGAGCGGAGUGGCGGGGGUCUGCGUGCGGACGAAUUGAGCAGUGGUGGACCAAACGCACGAAGUCCAAUUCCCUUUUCCCGUGUCCUGGUGCCUCUGCCCUCCUCGUAACUGAGAUGUUGCUCCUAGGAAUUCUGCUCAGCCUCUGCCUGCGAGGUGUCAUUCCCUCCGCGUCGCCCCUCCCCCUGACCACCGUGGACUGUUUGGAUGCCGAGAGGGAUUGCCAGGCCGACCUCCGGUGUAAGCUGCUGUACCGGACCUUGGCGCGUUGCGUGUCCAAGGAGGCGCCGUCUGGGAGCGAGGUCCGGCUGGAGUGUCAGAAGGCGCUGGAUGGCCUACACAACUACCUCCCCCUGCUGGCGUGCCGAUGUCAUCGCGGGGCCCGCAAGGAGGACCACUGCCUCCAUGUCUACUGGACUGUCCGGAUGAGUCAGGGCUAUGAAGACCAGGAGGAGAGUCCCUACGAUGACUUCCCGGGGGAGCUGUCUCCGAUGGCCUCCAUAGUGGCAGAAGCCUCCUCUCUCCCCCUGGAUGGACAGAAUGUGUGUCUGAAGGCGGCUCAGGACUGUGGCCUGUAUGAGAAGUGUGGUGCCCUAAGGUCCGAGUACGUCCUGGCCUGCACCAAGCGCCUCCCCAACUCGGACCACUGCAACAGGCAGAAGUGCCACCGCGCUCUGCGCCGCUUCCUGGAGCGCGUCCCGGAGGAGUACAGCCUGGGCUUGCUGUUCUGCCCCUGUACAGACAGGCUGUGUGGGGAGAGACGGAGGAAGACCAUCGUCCCCUCCUGCUCCUACCAGGAGAAAGACGGGAUACAGCCCAACUGCCUACACAUGCAGAGCUACUGCAGGAAAGAAAAUCUCUGCAGGUCCAGACUGGCCGAUUUCCAGUACAACUGCCAGCCCUCCCCCCAGUCCCCCAGUGGCUGUGUCAGAGAGACUGGAGCCGCGUGCCUCAAAUCCUAUGCUGGACUCAUUGGUACAAUCAUGACCCCCAACUAUGUCAGCAACAGCAGCGUGAGCGUGGCCCUGUGGUGUACCUGUGAUGGCAGUGGCAACCAGUGGCAUGACUGCCUGAGGAUCCAGCACAUGUUCACCCGGAACCGCUGUCUGGAAAGUUCCAUCAGGUCCAUGGGAAGCGCCGCCCCUAGACCAGCGGAGAACGUCCCCCCGUCCCCUCGCCCCUCCGCCAUGGACCAGCAGGACACCGCCCGCCGCAACGCCCACCAGGAGCCCGGCAACAAUGCUGUGGAGCAGGACGAGGAAGAAGGAGUUGAGGAAUCAGAGGACGAGGACCAGUUUGACGUGAUCUCGCUCUACGCCGAAAAGGCCACUGUGUCCAACCUGGGCUCUGGGGGUGGGGCGGCGUCACCCCGUCUGUCGCCAGCCCCACCUCCCUCCCUGCUGCUGCUCCUUCUGCUACUGUCAGCCUCUCUGAGCUGGUGGUAAGAGGGGGGCAGAGGGGGGGAGCCCCCUCCCACGGCCCAAAGCACACUGUCCCAGAGUGUCUGACGAAAUGCAGCGAGAGGAGAGAGAGAGAGAGAGAGAGAGAGAGAGAAGAUUUAGGACCUCUGGUGUUCACUGGCUACUUCCUUCCCUCUACCCAUUCAGACGGUCCUGGUGCAGCCAGACUUCCUUGUUGGCCUCACCUCCUGCUAUCUCCAUGGAGAUCCGUCGUGUGUGACACGUCCCGGUGAACCCAGUUUCCCAUAAUAGAAGGGAGUUAAACGGACUGACUUGAUGUGUGAGUCAUUUCCUCCCUUGGCGAAACUGUGUGCCAGGCUAUUAUCAGGGGUCCGGCGGCACUUUAGUGUACCCAAGCUUCACUCUGUCCAUUCACACUGCUAUACUCUCCAGUGAUGAAGUGCUUACAGAAUGUCCCCACAACAUAGUGUUAUGAAUGUGCUUAUAGAGUGUCUCCAGCCAUGUAGCUUUACAGAGUGUGUGUCCUGGUGUGUGUGUGUGUGUUACACAAAGAGUAGAGUGUUUUUCACAUCAUUUCAUUCUCACCCUUGUCAGCACUCACAGACAGACACACACACACACGCGCACACACACACACACACACGCACACACACAUUGACAAACACUGGCAGCCGUCCCACGCAGGCGAACAUCAGAUCCAGCAGAUGCAAGCAUUUUUGGCUUAUUGCUCUAUCUAUGUCCAUAUCUGCUUUCCUAUGACUCAGCACAGACCAGGCUGAAUAACCAGCGGCAUAAAUACAAAUAAAACAGGCAGAAUAAAAAAAAAAAUGCUCCUGAAACAAUAUGAGUAAUAAAGAAAGAAAGAAAUCAAAUAAUUCCAUCAGGUGUGAGAGACAAAAGGUGGGGGGAGUGGGGUGGCUUGGUGAGCUGGAGAGUAGAUAUUAAAACCAGUAGCAUGAACGCUAUCUUCU